AUGGCUAGACGAAAGAAAAAAAGAACUCAUGUCAAAGUCGACGAAAGCGCCAACCCGAACGCGCCAAAAAUACCAAAGAGUUUUGUAAUAAGGUCCGGGGAAGUUGGGAAAACGGUAACUGCUUUAGUGCAAGAUAUGCGUAAAGUUAUGGAGCCCAACACGGCCGAACGCAAAAAUAACCGUCUAAAAGACUUCUUAUCAGUAGCUGGUCAAUUUGGUGUAACACAUUUCCUGAUAUUUACUCGCACCGAAUACGGGACAAAUUUAAGGAUUGCUCGGUCGCCUCGAGGUCCUACCUUGUGCUUCAAGGUGGAAAACUAUUCUUUGACUAGGGAUGUGUUGGCAUCACAAUUACACCCGAAAAGUCCUGGUGCAGAGUAUCACACUUCCCCUUUGCUCGUAUUAAAUAACUUCGGUGGGGAUGAAAAACAAACCAAACUUCUGACCACAAUGUUUCAAAAUAUGUUUCCACCGAUCAAUGUGAAAACGAUGCAACUUUCUGAGGCACGUCGCGUUGUUCUAUUCAGCUAUAAUAUCGAAACAAAACAAAUCGAUUUCCGACACUACAGUAUUAUCGUAAAACCUGUAGGAAUUAGUAAAAGUAUAAAAAAAAUAAUUACUGGUGAUAGUAUGCCGGAUCUUCAUAACUUAAAUGAUAUUAGCGAGUUCGUUUUAAAAGAAGGGCAAGUUUCGGAAAGUGAAGCAAGUGACGUCGAAGAGAGCAUUGUCACGCUUGCAGAAGAUUUUGUCGGGAGAAAUAACAAAAAAUCUGAUCAGCGUGCUAUAAGGUUGAUAGAAUUGGGUCCGAGGUUGUCGUUGAAAUUGGUGAAGAUUCAAAGUGGAUUGUGUGAUGGAGAAGUUUUAUUUCAUGAAUUUAUAUACAAAACUCCAGAAGAAAUUAGAAAAAUGGAACGUGAGCGUGAACAGCGAAAGCAAUUGGCAGCUUUACGUCGUAAACAGCAAGAAGAGAAUGUCGCAAAGAAAAAAGCUGAAAAAGAAGUUAAACAGCUUGCUACUGGCGGAAGACAACAAAAACGCGAAGAUACUCGGGCAUCUAAGCAACAAAAUGAUGAUAAUUCAGAUGGAGAUGAAAUUGAAAAAGUUCCUCCUGAACAUUAUGACGACGAUGAAAUUUCUGAUGAGGAUGAGGAUGAUUUAGAUGAUGAAUUGUCAGAUGUCGAAUAUGAUUUUAAACAAAGCGAUUAUAAUAUGGACAAUUUGUUUGAUGAAGCUAUAGGAAAUGAUGUUAGUAGUGUUAGUUAUAGUAAUGAAUCAGAAAACGUUGAUGAACAAAUAUCAUCAUCUAAACAAAAGAGGAAACAUGCAACAUCAAUCGGAAAGCCCAAAUUCGUGCUCAAAAAUAAAAAACUGAGAAAAUAA